AUGCCGGCUCGCAGGCGCAGCGGCAUCUCUAUGUCUCUGCUAAGCGCGAUCCUCGAGGCUAGCUCCAGCUCCAGCUCCAGCUCCUUCUGCAGCUCCGAUGAUGAGAGCUCCGAAUCUAGUUUCUCAUCAUCAGGAGACGCGACUCCGUCUACCGAACGAGAAAAUUUCCCGCAGGGGGUCGAGGCAUACAUGGAAGACGCCUCUACGACGGCGUCCAACGCUCAGCACAGCCCUGAAAUAACUUCUUCGGGCCAGUCGUGGGACGGUCGCGACUUCUUACCGUACUGGGACGACGAAUGGCAGACAAAUCACGGGACCUUUCGCCUGACACAGGCAGGCGAAUCUGAUCGCCAAGACCGGCGCGGGGCGACUGGCGACAGGAGCGCGACUUCUCGUCUCUGGAAAUUCAUGACCUGCGGAGAUUCAGAUGAUAGCGGCAGCGAAGCGGAGGAGCGCACCCCAUUGACCCUGACCCAGCGGCGGUUGUUGAACCGUCGGAGACAGGAGCGUGCCUACCGGCAGCAGCUGAUUGAAGAAAACACCUGGGUAUCGCUGAGAGCCAUAAUAUGCGGCUUAUUGUUGGCGUCCAUCAUGAUGGCAAUCGCCUUGGGCGCGGCGGCGUAUAUUAAUGGCGGCCUCCACGUACCCAAUCGUCGACACAAGGGAGAAGCGCACCGGCAGAAUUAG